UCUGACGUCACGGCGUCGCCGAGAUGACGCCGACGGCGGUAGUCAUGCGUUCGUUGGUGCUGCAGUACCACAUCGCAGUUUAUCGCCCGUGCGUUUAAACCUCUCGCCCCCAGCGCCGCACUUCACGCAUGGAGUUGCGCACGGACACGGUCCUGGCGAGUCUGGAGAUGUCGGAGUUGAAAAGCGACGAUGGGUCGUCGGAGGGCGACGCAGAUUACGAGAGUUUACCCGCGCACGCGUCCCUGUCCACGCACAUGACAGCAGGCGCCGUGGCCGGAGUGCUGGAGCACACCGUCAUGUUCCCCGUGGAUUCGGUCAAGACCCGUAUGCAGAGUUUGCAGCCAGACCCAAAAGCUCAGUACAGCAGCGUGUACGGUGCACUGAAGCGGAUCGUGCAGACAGAGGGUUUCUUUCGCCCGCUGAGGGGUCUCAAUAUCACUGUGUUGGGGGCCGGCCCUGCCCAUGCGCUCUAUUUUGCAUGUUACGAGCGAAUCAAACGCAGCCUCAGUGAUGUCAUACAGAACGGAGGCAACAGUCACAUCGCCAACGGAAUUGCGGGGAGCGUUGCCACUGUUCUUCAUGAUGCUGUCAUGAACCCAGCAGAAGUGGUAAAGCAGAGGAUGCAGAUGUAUAAUUCUCCUUACCGCAGCCUAUAUGACUGUGUAGUGACUGUCAGUCGUAAGGAAGGGCUAGCCGCGUUUUACCGCAGCUACAGCACUCAACUGACCAUGAACAUCCCAUUCCAGGCCAUGCACUUCAUUACCUACGAGUUCAUGCAGGAACGUUUUAACCCCCAACGUCAGUACCGUCCCGAAACCCACAUUUUAUCCGGGGCAGCGGCAGGAGCCGUGUCCGCCGCCGUGACCACUCCAUUAGAUGUGUGCAAGACGCUGUUAAACACGCAAGAGAACGUCGCGCUCAGCUCAGCGCACAUCAGCGGACAUCUCACGGGUAUGGUCAAUACCUUCAGGACAGUGUACCGCCUGGGAGGCGUUCCGGCGUUCUUUAAAGGAGUCAGAGCGCGAGUCAUUUAUCAAAUGCCUUCUACAGCCAUCGCCUGGUCUGUCUAUGAGUUCUUUAAGUAUUUCCUGACUCGACAUGAGCCGAACAUCCAGGAACUGGGCAGGGCCUCUGUCAAGACAGGCCCCACGUGAGGGUGAUGCCGUUAGGCGUCUCUUGGGUAAAUCAUUUCAAAGGAUGAGUCCAAAGAGAAGAGUGGAGAUUUGUGGGUAAAUGAAUAUUCCUUGUACAUGGAGGACGUGGAAGAGGCCUUUGACUCAAAUGGGAAUGUAGUCACUCAUUUUUUAUACAGUGGACACUCCAAUCACCUAUAACCUCUUAUUUUGUUUUGAAACAUAUUAAUUUAUUGAAAGAGUUUGUUGUUGUUACAUGAGAUGGGGAUGAAUGGACAUCGCAAACUACUGAACAUCUAUGUUGUAAACUUGAUGAAAACAGACAGACGUGUAGUUGAUUUGGUUGUAUUUUGUUUUCUCAACCGCUAAACAUGUCGUUUUUUUUUUUAAAUCUAAAAUAACGUAUACACAAUAUAUUAAGACAUUCCCAAGUUCUAUUGCUCAAUAAACAGACCAGAUUUGUAAAAAAUCAGCUAUUAAGGCUGUCUGGAAUCAAAUCUAGCCUUUUGGUUCCAUUUUGAAACGGGCGAACUGAUGUUUUAAACCCCUGAAGUGUCUUAUUUUCUUCAAGAAAAAUCGAUGUUGAGUAGAAGUUACUCGAUUAAAGUUGCCAGAUUUACUGUGGCACAAAUGAGGCUGAGGCGGUAAGGAAUGCAGGUACGGUUGGCUGCUCACUUCUUUGUCAAACAUCAUUUUGUGUCCUAUGGAAAGCGUCAGAACCGUCUAUCCCUGACAGACUUGCUUUCCUUUGUGUUAUAAAUAUGUCAUCUACCAUCUUCCGUUAAAUGUGCAGAUUGUGGCAUGCGCUUCUUUAGAUUUCACACCUUCAUUACUCCCAUUUUACAUUUUUAGUUUUUAACUAAAUUCCUAUUCAAUUUCCUUCCUAUUCCCAUUCAAACUGAAUGUGAUCCAAUAAGUAUUUUUCACUGCAGUAGUGAUUUCUAAAAUCAUAGUGUAUCUUUGGUGAAAUCAUGGCUUUAUCAGCUUCAGCAGUGAGUUUAGACAGGUGAAAGCUUUAGAUGCGUUUUAUGUAUGAUAGCUGUUAUUUGUUUUAGAACAGUUAUCAGAUGAUAUAUAACCAAUCUAGCCUAGCAUUAUAGCUAUAAGAUGUGAUCUAUGGAAUGAUUUUCUCUGCUCUUAAGAACCCUACAACAAAGUGUACACUAAAAUUCUGCGGUUCCAGGUGAAAUCUCAAACCCAGAAUUAAAUCUUUACUCGCAGAGUACAUUAGAGGCUUUAGAUGUUGGUGAUAUUCCUCCAUGCCAGUCCAUUUCUCUUUUGUUUCACCUCUGUGUGAAUCUCUAUAUUCAUUCCAGUCUUAUUUUCCAGUUAAGACCUUAUAGAGAGUGUAAUAAAUACAAGAACGAGGAAUCAAAAAGAAAGCUGUACGAUAUUGUGCCUUAUUCGUGUAACAAGCAGAGCACAUUGUUGUGUAAAUUAUUUUUUAUUUGCAUGAAACUUAGUAUACGAAAGGAAUAGGCAGAAAUUUGUUCUGCUUGUGUGUUUUAUUGACUAAGCUAAUACAGUGUGUGUGUAUCCUCACAGUCUCAUUUGUUCACACUACUCGGAGGAGUUGGAAUUGGAGUUACGCGCAAAAAAUGUAGAGAGUGGCAGAAUAGAAUUGUAAAUAAUGUGUGUCACGCACAUGAGUUGUCAGUUUUGGUAUCUUUACUUUUUAUCGGAAUUAUAGCUCUUGUUUAAGAGAAUUCAUGUAUGCAGGAGGCCCAGAGGAUAAAAAACUCACACAUCUCAAAAUCAUUAUGCAAGCGUGUUACAAUGGCUGUGUAUUUAUCUAAACGAAGUGGCAUUUUAGAAGUGUGUAGUUAAAUCGAAAUAACAUCACCGAGCUAAAUUGCAAAAAUAAUUCAAACUGGUUUCCACAACACUCCAUGUAAAUGUCCCGGGACAAGAUUAUAAUGUUGACCUGUUGAAAUUGCAUCUGUAUAUUGAACUGGGUCAGCUAAAAGUGUUUUUACAGAACAAACGACACACUUCAGCUUUAAUUGAAUGUUUAUUUGCCUAUACAUGCUAGCAAAUAUUGAGAUAAUUGUAGUAUUGCUUUUUUGUGAUUUUUGAUAGAAGUGUUAGUUUGCUUGAAUGGAUUCGCCGCAUUUCUGUAACCUAUGCAUAUUUCCAUCAGACGAGGAUAUUCCCAGUGGUCUUAGCGCUGCGAAUGUGCAAGAGAGAGUUUUCUGUGUGCUGACUGGUUCAGCUGGCAGUGUUCUGUUUGGUCUGUGCCUUUUCUGUAUCAUCUCUCUCUUCCUCAUCCCUAGCUCACUGUUUUUUUAGCUAGAAGAGUUUGACAUUCCUUUAAAUUCCAUUGGAGUCUCUGAAUCCAUUGAGGUAUUUCACUUGGAGUUUGUUUGCUUCCAGAAUAAAUGUAUAUUGGUUUAGUGUUGCCUUUCCAGUCUUCCCAUCAGACCAACUGUUUUCUGUCCCCGCUAGGAACCAAAGAAACAGAAUCUUCAGUAAUUCAGUUCAAUACCCAUUCCUUUUAAAUCUUUUGAUGGGGAAAUGUUGUUAGCAUUGGAAUUGUUUGAUUUUACGGAGUUGUAUAUCCAUGUCUUUUAGACAGGUUUACCAUUAAGGCUUAUAUCGUAAAGGCCGUACAAAGCAGACUGCCUGUGUGGCCCUUCAGUUGACUGACCACUGACAAAUUUCCGUUGAGUCUUUGGCUUCAUGUUGUGCUAUGGUGGAAACCCCAUGGGUUUACUUCUGAGUCCAGCAUUUUUAAAUGCUAUCAAUCUGUAAUUGCUCUGCAAAACCAGCUGUUUUUUUUAAAUACAUAUUGUAUUUUAAUCAGUUACAUUAUAUGACCUACAGCAUGUUUUGAAACUUUUUCAUUUGGGCCCAUUGUAAAGUUUUCCUUUAGUCUUUGUAUGUUGAUCUUGCCUUAAAGUGAUCAUCACCCAUAAUGCUUUGUGAAAACAGCAGCCAUAUAUAUCAAUGGCUUAUUAAAAAGAUGUGGACACACACACACACACACACACACACACACACACACACACACACACACACACACACACACACCAUGAACAACUUUAUGGUUUGGCCGCUUGAUGAGCACAUUGGUACUUAAAAUAAAAAAUCUAGACAGUAUAUUUUGUGGAAACGCUGCUACAGUUUGUAACACUGGAGCUUAAAUAAAACAUGCAACGAUCAAGUGUUUUUCUUGUUUACUUCUUUUUAAUUUAAAUAAAAUUGGGUUCUAAUGUGUUGUAUACCUGUAUUACUUUAAGUCAUACUUUGCAAAAAUCGAAUUAUUGUAAGGGUAAGUUUUUACAUUCAUAUUUGGCAAUACAAAAAUAAUGCAUAUGCAAAAUGUUGUUGAUAUGGUUGGCCUGGGAUUGGUACACUUCACUUAAUAUUUUGGUGAUGUGGCUUUUACAAUGUAUUUAUAAUAACAUUUAUAAUAGAUUUAAACAAUAAAAACAGUUAUGAUGCAGAAACGUUAAAAUGUUAAGGUAUACAAAAAAAUAUAAAACUGUUGUUUUGGCUGCCAGAAGAUGAAUUGAAUACGUUUAAUAAAUUUAAAAGCAAGCCAUGAGACAUGAUAACGUGACAAUGUUGAAAAUUAUUUUCCAUUAAAAUACACCAAGUUGGUUUUUAAGUUUGGUUUUAGAGGGGUUUAAGUGUGUUUACUUGUGCCAAACAACUAUUCCAAAAGAACAAUGAUAUUGUAGCUUCAGAUUAGGAGGAUGUUAUUCACAAAUAAAUCUUACUUAAAGACAAUUGCAAUAAUGUGUUUUAAACCAGCUGAAUUAAAAAAAGUGUAGAAUGAAUGAAAAGUUGUAUUAAGGCAUUAAUUGAUAAAACCAUCGUUUAAUUUCAUACAGUGUGUUUCUAGCCUGAACCCAUUAAAGCCUGCUGAUGUAACUCGCGAGGAACGUCAUUGAGGCUAUGUUGUCGGAAGAGGGCGCUGUAGCUCACAGUUACAGAAUGUUUGCCUAGCCCUAGAGACUUCCAGUACAACCUGUCUAAU